GCGCGCGCGCUCACGUCUCUAUUCUAAAAAUGCGCUCGUCUUGGCUCACACCGGUUGACCACCACUAUUAUUAACGUCCGGGAAAUUAUCAAACGAUAAAACACAAACGCCACACAAUCAGCCGUUGUGCAUACAGCCGAGAAGGUGAAAAAUACGCGUGUAGACAUUUUUGUACGCUGCCGCCGCCGACUGACCGACCGGGGUUUUUGUUUUUAUUUUUUGGAAAAAAAAAUUAAAUACAAUAUAAUUUUUAGUGUGACCGGAUUCAUUACGAGAAAAUACAAUAACCCCGUCAAAUGGCUCAGCUUAUUAAUUUGAGAUUGUCCCGACCGGACCAAUCGUCCCCGUGGGGAUUCAGGCUCCAGGGAGGCAAAGACUUUGGCACUCCGUUGCUCAUUCAAAAGGUGAACUUUGGCAGUUUGGCCGAACAAGCCGGUCUCCAGGUAGGCGACGCUUUGGUCAGGGUCAAUAACCAGGACGUGUAUGACGUGAAGCACAAGGAUGCCCAGGACGUCAUCCUUAGAGCCGGGAACGCAUUCGAGAUUACUGUUCAACGGGGUGGUGCUAGCACGUGGAAACCUUCCGUGACGCCUAUUGGACCGAGUCCGGUGCCCAACCGUCUGUCACAAUCUCCUCAACUAGUCACCAAGACGUCGCUAGCCCGAGUCGGACCUCCGCAGUCACCAGCUUUCGGUUCCGGUCACAAUUCAGUUCCGAGGGCGUUCACCGGAACCCAAUCGCCCAAAGUCAACGGUAGCGGAUACGGUAACGAAACAGUAAAGGCCAUUGUCAACAAACAGUACAAUACUCCUGUGGGCAUUUAUAGCGAGCAAAAUAUCGCCGAAACGCUGACGGCCCAAGCUGAAGUGCUGGCCGGUGGUGUGAUAGGUGUGAACUUCAAAAAAAACGAAAAGAACUACGAGGCCAACAACAGCGAAGUUUUCAAAAUGGUACAAGAAGCAGACAAAGAGCCCAAGGAUCACCACAGUGAAUCGGAUCUUCAUGAGAAAUUUGCUUACUUCUCUGCGGCGAGUCACGCGAUAGGCGGCCGUGCCACAUCGCCCAGACCACAGAUGCCCGUGCAUAUGCCGGAACAACGGGACCCUUACUUGGGUUCUCCGCUAAAAGAGAUGGACAAACACGUGGACAGCACUCAACCGAUAGUGGAAUGCAGUGAAUGCCGAAAAGACAUCAUUGGCGUAUUCGUUCGCAUCAAGGAAAAGAGUCUGCACGUGGAAUGCUUCAAGUGCGCUACCUGUGGAUCGUCGCUGAAAAACGUGGGUUACUACAACAUUAACAACAAGUUGUACUGUGACAUUCACGCCAAGAUGGUGGCCAAGCAAAACCCACCGGCCCCGAAUUUGGAUCCAGUAACGGUGUCUCCUGGCUCACAUCCGCCUAUGAAUUCAUUCAACAUCAUACCCAACAAACCUCUGGGCGUGCAAUCGCCUCAGCCAAGCACUUUGUCACCAAUACCAUUCCAUGCUCCAAAGUCUCCUGGCCAUGUAAACGCCCCAAAAGCAUCGAGACCUCAGCCCCAACCGAACAUUGUGCCGACAAUUAAUAGACCAUACGAGGCACCAAAACCGACUCCAGCGCUUUCAAAUUACAACAGCGGAUACAAUCAAGUGACAACGGAUGAUUCCAAAUUCGCUAACAAUCCCAAACCUCGAUUACCUUUCCUGAAACCCAAAACGACAUCGACCGGUUCUGCUUUUUGUCCCGUCGUAUCUAAUCCGACGACGACGGACCGCCAAGUCGGACGACCAUCGCAAGUGUCAUCCUCCACCGCGAUUCAAAGCAAACAGGCACUGAGCGAGUCCAUUGGCACUCAAAUGUUAAUGGAAGCCAUCAAAGAAGGCAGGCCACGAUCGCCGGCGCCUGGAUAUCAUGAGUUGACGUUUAUAGAGGAAAUACCGCGCGAGGUCCAGUCGCUUUUGCCGCCAAAUAACUGCGCCAGAGCCAUUUCGCCGACGCACCUAGUCGUGUUCCCCCCUGAAAUUCCAUCGGAAUACUUGGCAGCGGUACGGUCCAGGACGUCCACCCCGCAACCAAAACCGGAAAUCACAUCUUAUACGUUUUCAGUCACUGUCGACUCGACUAUUUCCGAGCAGAAUCCACAAGAAAAUGCGGCGGCGAACAAAUUUAACGCCGCCGAAGUGUUCGAUCACCUACGACACGGCGUGGAAAGCGCGGUGUCACAAUGCGCAGUCGAGUGUGCGGAAUUGCGAGAAGAAGGCGCGUACCCGUUCAGUCCACCUACCGAACCCGCCGAAGAAAUAGAACCGGUGCCGGCGGUCGAACCCACGCCGCAGCCUAAACUCGUAGUCGAGCUCAACGCCGACAGGUCGGAGUCUCCCAUGGUGGCCGCGUUAAAGACGGCGCCGGAACGUAGUUAUUCCCCUCUGCCGUCGUUCGUGGACGCCGCUCAGUUUGAGCCGCCGCCGGCGCCCGUCAAGGAAGAAAAAAAACCCAUGACGAUGGCCGACGCUCUGGCCGUGGCUCCCGAGCGAUGUUACCAUCUGCCCGAAUCGAAACUGGGAUCGGCGCGACCGGUGGGCAACAAUCCGGUUAAAUACGUGCACGGUUACAACAACAAAGCCCAAUCGUCGUGUUUACUGCUCAAGUCGCGGUCCUUGUUGUAUUCGCCGGUGUCGGCCAUCGAUUCGGAGGAGGAACAAAUAGCCAGUCUAGGCCUGAAGUCUUUUCCGCCAGUCUCGGACGAACUCAAAAUAGCGACGGCGGCCGGCGAUUUCGACCGCGUCGAUUCCGGUCCGUGCGGCGACGUAGAGCUGACUUUCGACGAAUGUCCUAAACAAGAAGAAAAAGACAUCUCGUCGGACGUUGUUGAAGAACAGCCUCAACCCGCCAUGAUGAGACACCCGUUUACCGCUACCGGCCUGCACGAACCUUCCGACAUACCGUCGUAUCAGCGGUGCAUACCCGAAAACCCGCACAAAGCCAAGGAAAACGCGUGCUCGCCCAAGCCGUCCAUUAAAAACACCGAAUUCUUGAGACGCGAGUCUAACGUGCACGCCAAGGUAACCCCCGCGUUGGGUUAUGAGCCGGCAUCGUUGGUGGGUGGCGAUGCCAUUUCUCCCAAUAAACCCAAAAACACUAACACUUCAGACGCGACCGCGAAGUCGAUGGAAGAAACGAGCCAAGUGACUUUUCCCCCGAUAAGGUCUUUAUCUUCUGCUUCAUCCGCUCAUCCUCCGAUCAAAUCCGCCUCAGCAGAACCGGUCGUGACCUCUUCGCUCAACACUCCUACUCCUCCUAAUCCUCAUCCUCUUACCACGGUCCUUCCUAUGCCUAAGUCGUCUUUACCCGCCGCUUUGUUGUCGAAAAAAUUAACUUGUUUCACCAAAAAACAACAACCCAAGUGUUUGAACCCAAAACCGAUACCCGUACCCGAUCUAGGUGGCGGACAACCAUCAACGAGAUCAACCGGUUCUGCCGGCCUGACUGCGCCCAGAAGAGGCCGAGGUGUGCUCAACCCGCAGAAUCUGACACCCGGCGCUAGGGUACCGUUGUGCGGAAACUGCAAUCUGUACAUAAGGGGACCGUUCAUCACAGCUCUGGGAAAAAUAUGGUGUCCCGAGCACUUUGUGUGCGCAAACGACAAAUGCAGGCGUCCGCUGCAAGACAUCGGAUUCGUGGAGGAAGACAACGGGUUGUACUGCGAGUACUGCUUCGAACAGUACUUGGCGCCAGUUUGCUCCAAGUGCUCCAACAAGAUCAAAGGCGACUGUCUGAACGCGAUCGGCAAACAGUUCCACCCGGAAUGCUUCAACUGUACUUACUGCGGUAAACUGUUCGGCAACAGUCCGUUCUUCUUGGAGGACAGUCUUCCGUACUGCGAAAACGACUGGAACGAGUUGUUCACCACCAAGUGCAUCGCCUGCGGAUUCCCGAUCGAGGCUGGUGACCGGUGGGUGGAAGCCCUGAACAACAACUAUCACAGCCCGUGUUUCAACUGUUCGAAAUGCAAAACCAAUUUGGAAGGCCAGAGUUUCUACGCCAAAGGAGGUAGGCCUUACUGCAAGAGUCAUGCCCGUUGAUCGUGCACGACACGCGAUACAUUUAUCAAUAUUACCAUCAUCAUCAACAACAACAACAACAACUUGUACCCAACGUUAUAUUAUUUAUUUUCUAGCUGUUUAGUGAUAUUAUUGUAGCCUUAGCGUUGUGUUGAAAUAAUAAUCUCCUGUGUAGGCUUUUUUUUAUUUUGCGAUGGCCGCUUUUAUUUUAUUUAAUCUCAUUAACCAAAUCAACGCACUAUACCAAAAAUUCGCGUAGACGUUAUUAUUAUUAUUAUUACUACUAUUAUUAUUAUAUUAACUUAGAGACGGUAAAAAUGAUUUACCGAAAAAUAAGAAAAAAACAUUUUUGUGAGCUUUACUGUCCCAAAGACUAAUUAUAUAUAAUCGUAUAAUGACUAAACUUGUCCCCUCCCCUCCCCCAAAAUAAAUCAAAUAUUAAGUCUGUGUACGCACGACGACUUAGAACCAAAAUUCGAGACCACAAUCUAUCCGUCUGUGAACUUAAUUUAUUUAUAACAUUGAUCUAACUUGUACAACAUCUAAUCAUAUUUUUAUUAUUUAUGUGUAUAGUGUUUAUUGUUGUUGUAAAGUUGCAACUUGAUUAUUAGGCUAUCCCUGUUAUACGUGUUUUAUUAAUGAUUUAUUUUAUUAUACUUUAUUAUUAUCUAUUAUUAUUAUUAUUAUUAUUAUUAUUUAUGAAACUUUUUUUGCUUUUCUCUAUGUUACCCAGUUUAAAUAUAUAUAAAAAAUAAUAGAAUUCA